AAGAUCUUUGGCCUGUAAGUCUGUUUUCGACCUGAUUUUUUUUUCCUUUACGCAUCGUAAAAAGCUAUUUGUGAGGGGGCACACACAAUAAAAACACAAAACCUGGCGAUAAAUUAGUUUUACGGAAACACACAACGGCCGUUUGUCGUCUAUUCCCUCGGUGUCGUGCUGGCUUUAGCAUGCUAGCCACCUAGUUGUACCUUGUCUCUUUAAACCAGCCCCAUUAGCCAGCCAGUGACUCUUUUGAAGGGCAACAAUAAACCCGAACCCCUCACAUUGGCAUUGUUUUUUUAAAAAAAAAUUUUUAGUGCCAACAAAGAUGGGACGCGCGGUUGAGCUAGCGAAGCUAACUGAUGUGCAGAUGUGGGAUCCAACUUGUUGAUUCACGGACUGUCUGACGUGUUGCUAGCGGGCUAGCACUGGGGCUCUUUUUUUUCAUUUUGUACCCACACAGAGCUUAAAUGUAUAUAAGCCACUGAUUAGUCAUUCUUUUGGGUCACUGCUCCCUUGCGCCUUUUUGCAUCGACAAGUCUUCAAAUCAAGCCAACAUGUCAACAAGAACCCCACUGGUGCAAGUCAUUGAAAAUUCCUCUGUGCAGGACUCCAAGUCGUCGUCCGGGCGCUCCAGCAUGUCGCGAUGUCGGAACUCCAUCGCGACGACCACGUCGGACGAGCAGCCGCACAUCGGCAACUAUCGGUUGCUGAAAACCAUUGGCAAGGGCAACUUCGCGAAAGUCAAACUGGCUCGCCACGUCCUCACCGGAAAGGAGGUGGCUGUGAAAAUCAUUGAUAAGACACAACUCAACUCCUCCAGUUUGCAGAAGCUCUUCCGGGAGGUGAGGAUCAUGAAGAUGUUGAACCACCCCAACAUAGUUAAGCUCUUUGAGGUGAUAGAGACCGAAAAGACCUUGUACCUGGUAAUGGAGUACGCCAGCGGAGGAGAGGUGUUUGAUUACUUGGUGGCUCAUGGCAGGAUGAAGGAGAAAGAAGCCCGUGCCAAAUUUCGACAGAUUGUGUCAGCGGUGCAGUAUUGCCAUCAGAAGUGUAUAGUACACCGAGACCUCAAGGCAGAGAACCUGCUCCUGGACGCCGACAUGAACAUCAAGAUCGCAGACUUUGGUUUUAGCAACGAGUUCACUCUGGGGAACAAGCUGGACACGUUCUGCGGCUCCCCGCCGUACGCCGCGCCUGAACUAUUCCAGGGCAAGAAGUACGAUGGGCCCGAGGUGGACGUGUGGAGCCUGGGGGUCAUCCUCUACACGCUCGUCAGCGGCUCUCUGCCUUUCGAUGGACAAAAUCUCAAGGUUAGGACCGGCAGACUAGUCCAUAUGCGUGUGGAUCCAUGUACAGCGCAGCGAAUCCCAAAGCGACCUCAAUGUCCUUUCCGUCUUUCUCAGGUACAGCGCAGCGUAUCGUCCAACCAGAAGCCUCAAAACCGCAGAGCUACUGACCAGGGCUCCUCUUACUCAAGGAGAGGGGGGCAAGCAGACAACAGGACUGCCGGAGAGGAUUCUGGGAGGAAAGGCUCGUCAGGCAGCUCCACGACCAAGGUGCCGGCCAGCCCCCUGGUUCCCUCCGACCGCAAGAAGAGCGCCACACCCUCCACUAAUAGCAUCCUGUCAACUGGCACUGGUCGCAGUCGGAAUUCCCCUCUGACUGAGAGAGCCACACUGGGUCAGGGCAUCCAGAAUGGCAAGGACAGCCUAAACACUCCGGGUUCCCGUGCCUCCACUGCCUCAGCCGCCGCCAUCCUCUCCUCCUCAUCCUCGCGCCCCCGCCACCACAAGUCCUUGUCCUCCUCCAAUCAUCCAUGCCCCUCUGACCUGCAUGCACCACGACCCAGCGCCCCACCUCAGCGGGCACCCGGCGCCUCCCCGUCGGCCCACAACAUCAGCAGCGCCGCGGUGACGGACCGCACCAACUUCUCCCGGGGGGUGGGCAUCCGCAGCACGUUCCACGCGGGCCAGCAACGGGGUGCCCGGGACCAGCAGGGCUCGGCCUACCCCGGCGGGCCUGCGUCGCCGUCGCUCUCGCAUGGCAACAGCCAGGCCCGCAGGACGCACGGUGCCACGGGGAUUUUCAGCAAGUUCACGUCAAAGUUCGUGCGCAGAAAUCUCUCGUUCAGGUUUCCACGAAGUCCGUAUGAGGGAGAGGGUCGGGAAGAAGGGAGCAGAUCCAUGCUGAGCAGCAACGUGGACAAGUCCGACAAGACGUCCGGCGGCGUUCUCUCCUCGUCGUCCAACAAUGACGAGAACAACUCCUCACCAGGAUCUGGGAACACCGGUGGUACGGGCACGCCUCCCGCCAUCGCCGGCCAGAAGGACUCAGCCAAGCCGCGAUCGCUGCGCUUCACCUGGUCCAUGAAGACCACGUCGUCCAUGGAGCCCACGGAGAUGAUGCGCGAGAUCCGCAAGGUGCUCGACUCCAACAGCUGCGAGUACGAGCUGCGCGAGCGCUACAUGCUGCUGUGCGUGUCGGGCAACCCGGCGCGCGACGACUUCGUCCAGUGGGAGAUGGAAGUGUGCAAGCUGCCGCGGCUGUCGCUCAACGGCGUGCGCUUCAAGCGCAUCUCGGGCACGUCCAUCGCCUUCAAAAACAUUGCGUCCAAAAUCGCCAACGAGCUCAAGCUGUGAGCGGCCGGGAGGGCGGCGCUUGAAGGGCGGAUGGAGGAGCAGGUUUUGAGUGGGGUGAGCCAACGAGGGGGGUGGGGGUCCAGUUUAAUGAACGCCAGUGGUUUCAAGCGGGGCUAGCCGUUCUCACCUUACUUUCUCGAGGUUCCGAUUCCAAGGCAGUCGGUUCUUCUCUAUUUUUGGUUUUGAUUUUUUUCGUCACCACUCCACUGCAUGUCGGAUCUGCUCCUGAGCGCUCUUAUCACUUUCUUGCUAUUUAUUCUCAACAGUCCUUUUUAAAUUUUAUUUUACUAUUAUUGUUUUUAUUUUAUUUUUAUUUUUAUUUUAGUAGAACGGUUCCGGGCAGGACAUUCUCUUUGAAGGAUCAUCUGAAACUUUGUGAUGAAACGCGGAGCCUUAGUUUGCUGGAGUUUUCCUCGCAAGUGUUGCGAAACGCAUGAGCAGGCUCUCAGCUGAGCCAGGACUCCGAUAUAAACACACGCGCACACACACAAACGGUUUUGCCUUCUUCACCCCUUGCUCAAACUAGACCUUCCUCCACGCCCACCUCUGAUUUCUGUCAGGUCAGACCAGGCCAGUUUGACCUGAUGUUAAUACCCGAAACAAAAUGUGUAUUCUCCUUCUUUUACGGCUUUUUUUUUUUCGACACAGUUGUGCACUGGAAAAGAGGGUUAACUGUCUAAACCCCCCACCCCCACCUCUUACAUACACUUUACCUCGUCAUUUGACUGGUCCCAAAGAGCGGAACACACAACCAGCGUGUACAUGAGUGUCGGAACGAUCACCAAAAACCAAUGGUGAAUAACUCUCACAUACUUUUCGUUUGCUAAUAUAUUUUUUGUGUUGUUCUAAUAAUUUGGGAUUCCUAAAAUGUUUUGGGUUUUCGUUUCGGUGGGUUCAUGUCAGUUUAUAUCAUUGCUGCCUUUUUGUCGUUGUUGUUGUCGUGCACCGUUUGACAUCGUUUUAUCAAAUUGAGGAUUUCUCAAUGGUGGCGGUGAUGACGCCAGCUUGCCAUUUUGAAAUUCUUCCCCCUUAUUCUAACAGCCAAGACACAUUUCUUGUUCAGUCCCAAUUCAAAUUUUUUUCUCCGUGCUCGCCUCCGGUUUGUUGAAGCAGCAUAGAAAAACACACACACACACACA